AUAUUUUAAAAUCUGAAAUAUUCUUUCGUCAUAUCGGUGCGCGUUUUCAUCUGGUGGUGUCAUAGUGAACUAAUUUUCAGUUUCUGCUCUCAGUGGUGAACUGUGAAAAAGGCCUCUUUUCGUGUGUUUUAUUGUCUUCUAAAUUUACUACUUCUGUUGUUGUUGCGGCUGGCUGGAUACUGUCCGGAUUUCCUGCACAGGAUAGAAAUUGAAAAAGAACGUGAUCCGGCUUAGUUUUUACGCGUUAAAGCGAACGCCAGUUCAUUAAAGUGAAGAUAAUAUUCGGUUCAAACAAAAAUACCCAACUGUUCCCGACAUUUAAAAAGGAAAAGCAAACAAAACCAAAAAGCUGUUGGGAAUGCACGUCGUUGUCGCGCCGCGUGAAUUUCCGUCGCCUGUUGCUUCCGUCACGCACCUCCCCGUCAACUCUGUUGGUCGCGCGUCGUUGAUAAGUGGAUAAACACACGCAGAGAGACGUAUACACACACACAGGCACACACACACACAAACCGACCGCCCGCGCUGGUCCAAGCGACUUGUUUAUUCUCUGCGUGCAUGUGUGUCGUGCGGAUUGAUGUUUUUCUUCGUUAAGUUUUCUUUUCUGAAUAUUUAAAACAUUGGGUGGGGAUUGUCUUGAAAAGUGACUCCAUCUAUCGAACUGAAUCGUUACCAUUUCGACGAGAAAAAUGACUAGUGAGCAAGCAGCGAUGAUUAGCAGUGAAGGCACAGCUGCCUUAGUGGCUUCGAGACGAGAAAGACUACGCCGGCCGUUGCCGAACCCGCCGGAACCGAACCGCGGUCCUGGCGGUUCGCUUCAGUCAAAUGCGGCAGCUGCUGCAGCUGCAGCCGGCGUCCGCGGCGUCGUAGCCAGUCGUCUGGCGGCCAUGGCCUCGGCUGGAUCUUCAAUUAGUUCUGUGACAUCAUCAUCGUCAUCAGCAGCUCUAUCGUCAAGCAAUUCCACAUUUGCUGCGGCGGCAACCACAACAACGACGACAACCAAUGGCACUAGUUCCAAUAGUAGCGAUAAUGGCCUUCCGCACAAGCUGACCACAUCGUACAGUGUCGAUUCGAAUUCGCGCAUCCCCAGCUAUCGAUUGUCUAGCCUGGACCGGCUGGCCCAGCGUCAGCGUCUGUUCGAAGCCACGACCGCUACGUCGGUCCAGCCCAACGGAUUGCCCACAGCUCAUCCUCCUCCUCCUCCUCCUUCUUCUUCUUCCUCCUCUUCUUCUUCUUCUACAACUUUCUCAUCCGCCACUAAUGUGGCAAUCGGAGAAACACACGCCUUGCAGAGCAAACGUGAAAUGUUCUUCAAGAGCGAGACACUGCCAGCGGGAGCUGGCCUGGCCGGCAGUAAUUCGGCCUCCACUACGAAUAGCACCGGUGCCACGCCCGCCUCUUCAGCAACUGGUGCUCAACAGCCAGUAGGCAACAUCGCUUCGCUCAAGGAGAGUUUAUUAGCCAACAAGGAAAAUCACACGACAACAACGAUGGCGGGUGGACCGCAGACUUCGUCGUCUUCAACAACCUUGACUGGGAGCAUUAGUAAUAACAGCAGUCAUGGCAGUGUGCCCGGCUUAGCCAAUAACAGUACCGGAAGCAAGGUGGAGGCGUUGAAGCGGGAAUUGACGGAUGACAGUGGCAGUAGCAGCCGCGUUGUAUUACGUGAUCGGCUAGCAGAAAAGGGUCCGGCACCCAGUCCACCGGUCAUCAACAAGACACGUGAAGUGGAUUAUGUCGGAUUUGCCAAUCUUCCAAACCAGGUGUACAGACGGGCCGUCAAAAAAGGAUUCGAGUUCACGUUAAUGGUCGUCGGCGAGUCAGGGCUGGGCAAGUCAACGCUCAUCAACUCCAUGUUCCUGGCCGACAUUUAUUCACCCGAGUAUCCCGGACCGUCUCAUCGCAUCAAAAAGACGGUCCAAGUGGAACAGUGCCAAACUCUUUUGAAAGAAAACGGAGUUAAUUUGACACUGACCGUAGUUGACACACCCGGAUUCGGUGACGCGGUAGACAACAGCAAUUGUUGGCAGCCGAUCGUGGACUAUAUCGAAUCCAAGUAUGAAGAGUACCUGAACGCCGAAUCGCGGGUGCAGCGCCAGCCAAUGCGCGAUAACCGCGUUCACGUCUGCCUCUAUUUUAUCCAGCCGUCGGGUCACGGUCUCAAGCCGCUCGACAUCGAAUUUAUGAAACGACUCCACGAUAAAGUCAACAUCAUCCCCGUCUUGGCCAAGGCCGACACCAUGACGCCUGAUGAGUGCACCUAUUUUAAAAAACAGGUUCUCAAUGAAAUUGCUCAGCACAAGAUUAAGAUUUACGAAUUCCCCGAUGUCGACGACGAGGAAUUGCGCAAAUCCCAACGCGCUCUCCGAGAUCGAGUGCCCUUUGCCGUCGUCGGGUCCAACACUGUUAUCGAAGUCGACGGCCGGAAGAUUCGCGGACGACGCUAUCCCUGGGGCGUCGUUGAAGUUGAAAACAUGGAACAUUGUGAUUUCAUCGCUUUGCGAAACAUGUUGAUCCGGACCCAUAUGACAGAUUUGAAAGAAGUGACAAACAAUGUGCACUACGAAAACUUCCGCUGUCGCAAACUGGCGGGUGUCGGAGUUGCCGCCAAUGAUGGAACGUUAGGCAAAUCUAAUCGGAUCUCUAACAAGAACCCGUUGGCGCAAAUGGAGGAGGAGCGAAGAGAUCACGAAGCCAAGAUGAAGAAAAUGGAGCAAGAGAUGGAGCAAGUCUUUGAAAUGAAAGUCAAAGAGAAGACGCAGAAGCUCAAAGACUCUGAAACUGACUUGCAACGCCGACACGAGCAGACCCUCCGUUCGCUUGAGGCCCAGAAACUGGAAUUGGAGGAGAAGCGCAAAGCUUUUGAGAACGAAAGGGCUGCAUGGGAGAAUGCUUCCGGCCUGACGCUGGAAGAAAUGCGUCGACGCAGUCUCGAAGCCAACUCCAGAGAGCAAGUAGACGGCAAGGACAAGGAGAAGGUGAAAAAGAAGAAGGGACUCUUCUAGGAAAACAUAAAAAAAACUCUAGAUCACACACACACACACAAACACACACAUUCUAUUCUUUAAUUUAGCUUCUAUUCCUUCUUUUCCUGCGCUGUCUCUAUCUUGCUCUUCCUUUGAGAAAUCAAGCCGGUCGUGUGUCCGCUCGUAACUGUGUCCUGUUUUUCUAUUUUCUGUGUAUAGUUUUUGUGUCAUUCUCGUGUCCCGUCUUUUUAUACCUUGCGGGAGUAAUAUUCUUGUUUUCCUUUUUUUUUUUUUUUUUUAAAUUUUGAACGUCUUCUACCUCCCCUCCUUCAUCAUAUUUUUUCUCCCCCCCCCCACCCUUCUUUCGCAUUAUGUGAGUAAAUGGAAAAAUACUUGGGCUUAAAUCUUUUUUUUUUUCUUUGGUUUUCAUUUGGAGCGUUUUUCGUAUGUAGACUGGCAUUCCGUCUUC